AUGGAGAGCAAUCGCAGGAAACUAGCAUCUUCCCUCGGAUUCUCGCUCCGACUUUCUCGCAGGCUGAAGGAACAGCAGGUGGUGGAUCAUUUGAGUUCCGCCCUGUAUGCUCUGACCGCUGAGUACUCUGUGCGAGAUGAUGCUGUUGCGCCUUUUCUGCUUCCCGGAUCUUCUGAGAUCAGACUGUACGAUGCCAUCAUGGUUAGUGAGCAAAGGUAUACCACCUGGAGGAGGCCCUGCAAUCAGACAAGUAUUGCAAUCCAUCUCCUUCCUCGGUGCCAGACAAGCCAGUGGGAUGGCAUAGUGAUCGUGCCGACACGUGCUGUUCCUUUUCUUCACGCGAGACUCUGCCCCUUGAGCGCCUCCGAGAACAGCACUAUCAGAGAAGACGAGAGGCAAAAUUACGGAGACGUGCUGAACGACAAGCUCAAGACGAGUGGCGAGAUCGAGCCAUGCAACCCGAAGAUGAUGCUGAGGGCCAAGUUGGCCGAAGUUACGGCCACCUUGUGUGCCCUCGACGUCUCAGAAGUGGCGCAGACGUGGUGGAGUGAAGUAAGUGCCUUCAAGAAGGAGAACCUGAAGCAGGACGACGCAAGAGUCAGGAGCCUGAUGAAGCGCAUCCUCGUCGAAGACGAGGAGCCCGUCGUCGGCCUCAUCGCCCACUCGAUCCUCUUCAAGCGGAUUCUACAGCUGUUUUGGCCUCAGGAGGCUGCACGGCAGGACGAAGUACGCGCCGCCCUCCGGAAUGGUGUGACCCAGGACACGGUGGAUCCCUUUCAUGACAAGGUCAUGAACUGUGGGACCUUGCUCCUGACGUUUCGCUACCAUCCGAAAGGUGCCGAGAUCCUCAAGGCGUCCUUCCUAUUCGACGGGCGCAUGGAGUCGGCGCUGGCUCGCGAGGGGCGGACGCAGGCCCAUGGCAGCCCUGUCGCCCUCGCGUUUUAUCCGAAGUUCACAUCGUCGACUAUAGUGCAGGCGACCUUUGCAUAUAUGAUCGAAAGAUAUGCUCUUCUUCACUGGAACGACACAGCUGCCAAGCUUCAGCUGAGCUUGCGGCACGGCAGCCCGGAGCAAUGGAAUGUCUCAGCCAUCACCAACAUGAGCGCUUUGCUUCGAGACCUGGACUUCAAUGAGGACAUCAGUGCCUGGGAUACUUCCAGCGUCAAAGACAUGAGCUUCAUGUUCUACGGGGCCAGGUCGUUCAACAGGCCCAUCGGCUCUUGGAACGUGUCUGGUGUCACAAAUAUGCACGCCAUGUUCUACAAUGCUGCGGAGUUCAACCAAAGCGUUGGGUCAUGGGAUACAUCCGCAGUACAAGACAUGAGCGACAUGUUUCGCAGCGCUGAGGAGUUCAAUCAAGACAUCGGGUCAUGGGAUACAUCGGCAGUCCGGAACAUGAGUGUAAUGUUCGGUUGGGCCAGGUCGUUCAACAGGCCCAUCGGCUCUUGGAACGUGUCUGGUGUCAAAGACAUGAAGGGCAUGUUCUACAGCGUUGUGGAGUUCAAUCAAGACAUUGGGUCAUGGGAUACAUCGGCACUUCGGGACAUGAGUUACAUGUUCUAUGAAGCCAGGUCGUUUAAUUGGCCCAUUGGCUCUUGGAACGUGUCUGGUGUCAAAGAUAUGACGGCCGUGUUCUACAACGCUGCAGAGUUCAAUCAAGACAUUGGGUCAUGGGAGACAUCGGCAGUCCGUGACAUGAGUUACAUGUUCCGCGGGGCCACGUCUUUCAAUAUGCCCAUUGGCUCUUGGAAUGUGUCUGGUGUCAAAGAUAUGAACUCCAUGUUCAACCAUGCUACGGAGUUCAACCAAGACAUUGGGUCAUGGGAUACAUCGGCGGUGGCGAACAUGAGGUACAUGUUCGCCAGAGCCGCGUCUUUUAAUAUGCCCAUUGGCUCAUGGAACGUGUCCGGUGUCAAAGCGAUGGAGGCCAUGUUUACCCAGGCUAAGGAGUUCAAUGAAGACAUUGGGUCCUGGGAUACUUCGGCCGUGGGGGACAUGGGUGGAAUGUUCUUGGGAGCUGCGUCUUUCAACAAGCCCAUUGGCUCUUGGAACGUGUCCACUGUCACCAAAAUGCUCGCCAUGUUCAAGGGAGCAACAUCUUUUGAUCAGAGCCUCGGAAUGUGGGACACGUCUGCCGUGAAUCAGAUGGACAGCAUGUUUGAGAAUGCCAGGUCAUUCAACCAGCCCUUGUCCAGCUGGAACUUUUCAGGCGUUCCGCUCGGCUGGAACCGGACAAGGCCUUGGGAUGGUUCUGGCAUGACGUCCUGCGUGCGCAGCCGGACUUCGCAGGCACUGGGGUGCCCGAUCGCGCUGGAUUUCCAAGCUUGGGAUCUUGCUUUCGAGGCCUGUCCUGCCUGCCCUUACCUUCUCUUGCCGCGCUGGUACGACACAGCGGUUGCAAGGUACCAAAGUCUGGCCACACUGGAGAUUUGGCUUGCAUCUCGUGUCCUGCUGGCACGGCACCUCGACAUGAGAUUUGCCAGGCGUGUGGUGCAGGUCGCUAUGCCAGAGCUGGGGACGAGAAAUGCCAGCUCUGUGCAGCAGGACGACACGUGCACCUCACCAGCAUCGUCCCAUUUUCGAGGCAAGUGGUUCCACUUGCCCGUGACGGCCGCGGCGUUGCUGGUGCUGUGGGCUUUGCUUUGGGUUCUGCGUCGGAGACACAAGAAGCAGCAGCUCCUUGAGAACCACAAGCGUGCGGAUCGGAUCCAAAAGCUGUUGCAGCAGCUGGACGAAGCCCUCUGGGAUGAACAGGAGGACACGGUCCGUGAGCUUUCCCGGCAGCUCGUCAGUGUCGGAUGGACCCCAAACGACGUUGAACAAGCGGCCAAGGAGGUACGCGCUCGCCACAGUCAGCACGCAGGCGUCAGCCUGGUCUACUUGCUUCAAGAUUUCGUGCAGCUGGCGCAGGAGAAGUCGCGAGAAGUGGAUCCAACCUUCCUCGAGUUGAAAGACGUUUUCUGGUGCAGGGACCACAAGCUCGGCCAAGACGUCCGCUGCCCAAGGGAUGGCAAGUUGGGCUGCGCCCUGGUGGACAUGCUUCCCCCGCAGCACCGACAGAAGCAGAACCACUUUAUGUCCUGGAGUUGGCAGUACUCGCUGUGGCAGCUGCGAAGCGCGUUGCAGAUGUGGAAGUUGCAGGCUCCGCCGAGUGAUGUCUUUUUCUAUAUGUGCUUCUUCGUGAACAAUCAAUUUCGCUUGAUAGUGGAUGGAACUCCUGCGGGCAGCGACAACUUGGAGGAGGUCUUCGAGGAAAACCUGCGGCGCAGUGGCAAAGUGGUAGCCAUCCUGGACACGUGGCACCAGCCCACGUACUUACGAAGAGUUUGGACGAUCUACGAGCAGUAUGUCGCCUGCACCAUGCAGAUGGAGGUGACGUUCGUGAUGCCUUACGAGGCCACGAGGUCUCUGUCGCAGAAGCUGUCGCUUGGAGAUGCCGGCAUCGCCGAAGUGACCCAAUCCCUUUGCGAGGUUGACGUUGCCGAAGCCGAAGCCUACGACCCGCGAGAUGAGGUGAAGGUCAAGAAGACGAUCGAAAGAAGCGUCGGCUACGACCGUGUGAAUGAACACGUGAGAAGUGCCAUGGUGCAUUGGAUCAGCAGUGUGGUCCGAGACAAAUUUCAAGACUUGGUGAAUGAGUCGUCCAAAAGAGACGCUUUAUGUGUAGAAGAAAGGGUUUAG